AUGGCGGCGGUGGAGCUGGAGUGGGUGCCCGAGACGCUCUACAACACGGCCAUCUCGGCCGUCGUGGACAGCUACGGGCGGGCGCGGCGCCGCGACAUCCGCUCGCUGCCCGAGAACAUCCAGUUCGACGUGUACUAUAAGCUUUACCAACAGGGCCGCCUGUGCCAGCUGGGUAGUGAAUUUUGUGAACUAGAAGUUUUUGCAAAGGUGCUACGAGCUUUAGAUAAAAGACAUCUGCUCCAUCACUGUUUCCAGGCUCUGAUGGACCAUGGAGUCAAGGUUGCUUCUGUCCUGGCCUAUUCCUUCAGCAGACGGUGCUCCUACAUUGCAGAGUCAGAUGCUGCUGUGAAAGAAAAAGCAAUCCAGAUUGGCUUUGUUUUAGGGGGUUUCCUGUCAGAUGCAGGCUGGUACAGUGAUGCUGAGAAGGUUUUCCUUUCCUGCCUUCAGCUGUGCACCCUCCACGAUGAAAUCCUUCACUGGUUCCGUGCUGUGGAGUGUUGUGUGAGGUUGCUGCACGUCCGCAAUGGGAACUGCAAGUACCACCUGGGAGAGGAGACCUUCAAGCUGGCGCAGUCCUACAUGGACAAGCUGGCCAAGCACGGGCAGCAGGCCAACAAGGCGGCGCUCUACGGCGAGCUCUGCGCGCUGCUCUUCGCCAAGAGCCACUACGAUGAGGCCUAUAAGUGGUGCAUAGAAGCCAUGAAGGAGAUCACAGUUGGGCUGCCUGUGAAAGUGGUGGUGGAUGUGCUACGACAAGCGUCAAAGGCCUGCGUGGUGAAACGGGAGUUCAAGAAGGCAGAGCAGCUCAUAAAGCACGCUGUGUACCUUGCCAGGGAGCAUUUUGGAGCCAAGCACCCCAAAUACUCUGACACGCUACUAGACUACGGAUUUUACUUGCUCAACGUAGACAAUAUCUGCCAAUCUGUUGCCAUCUAUCAGACUGCGCUCGAUAUCCGGCAGUCGGUAUUUGGAGGUAAAAACAUCCACGUAGCUACAGCUCAUGAAGACUUGGCUUAUUCCUCAUAUGUUCACCAGUACAGCUCUGGGAAAUUUGACAAUGCACUAUUCCAUGCUGAACGUGCUAUUGGCAUUAUCACUCACAUUCUCCCAGAAGACCAUCUCCUCUUGGCCUCUUCAAAGAGAGUUAAAGCACUUAUCCUGGAGGAGAUUGCCAUAGACUGUCACAACAAGGAGACAGAGCAGAGGCUGCUCCAGGAGGCUCAUGACCUGCACCUCUCCUCGCUCCAGUUGGCUAAAAAAGCCUUUGGGGAGUUCAACGUGCAAACAGCCAAACACUACGGCAACCUGGGCAGACUGUAUCAGUCCAUGAGGAAGUUCAAGGAAGCAGAGGAAAUGCACAUCAAGGCCAUCCAGAUCAAGGAGCAGCUCCUAGGGCAGGAGGAUUAUGAAGUUGCCCUCUCCGUGGGCCAUCUCGCCUCCCUCUACAACUAUGACAUGAACCAGUAUGAAAAUGCUGAAAAGCUUUAUCUGAGAUCCAUAGCAAUUGGAAAGAAGCUUUUUGGUGAAGGAUACAGUGGACUUGAAUACGAUUACAGAGGUCUCAUUAAACUGUACAAUUCCAUUGGCAAUUAUGAGAAGGUGUUUGAGUACCACAACAUUUUGGCCAACUGGAACCGGUUGCGGGACCGGCAGUUCUCGGUCACGGAUGCGCUGGAGGACGUCAGCACCAGCCCCCAGUCCACGGAAGAAGUGGUCCAGUCUUUUCUGAUGUCUCAGAACCUCGAGGGACAGAGCAGCUAAGAACUUGGUCAAUUAACCAGUUAAGGUUUUUUCCCCCAGGUUACAGGGGGAAAAGUCAUACUGUGAAACCUAAACCAUGUAGUUCUCUGGGGGCUGGAAUUUGCGUUGAAACACUGGUCCAGUCUACUGAAGAGUGCCCAUACGGAUGAAUGUGUGUUAAAUUCCUCUCAGCAUGUGUAUGGCAUGUUUAGUUCGGCUCACAUUUUUAACUUGGUAUUCCCAAAAAACCCCCUUCUUUCUCUCUUCUUUCAAAAGAAGCUACUUUGCAGAAAGUCUGCAAGAAAACAUUAAAUAAAACUGUUUGAGUUCAAAAGAGUUGCAUUCUUAUUAUGGAUGGAAGGUUUCAUCGAGAGCUUUCUGCCGAUUCACAGAGAGAACAAAAGCUGUACUCUGAGGAGCUGUAGGAGAAAGGUCUUGCUGCUGUAUCAUUGUAGCAAAGUUUAUGGUAAAUAGCCAGCAAAGGGAGGAUGUGCUGGCCUUGGCUGCUGCCUUACCAAGAGAAGUGGCAAAGACCCACUCUGGAGAGCACCAUCUGCUCAUUGAGUGCCACCUGUGCUGUUGUGGAUGCCCUGAACUGGACCAGUACAGAUCCCACAGACCAGCAAGCACAGUGUCCUCAGUGCCACCACCAGUGCUCCCCUGAGCAGGACCAGGACACCACGGUGGACCAGCCUGCUAGAAACCGGUUUUGGACCAGUGGCUUUAAUUUAAUAUUUCUGCCCCUGCAUUCACUUUGACAGUAGAACUCUCUCAUUUAGGUGUCUGAUCAGUGCAAACGAUAUCCAUGUGAUAGAUCCAGAGCUAGGAAGUGAAUUGAUGGUUUGUCUGUACCCAGUGAGCUUCUGCAGAGAUUCCUGGCAGUGCCACAGCUCCACCCGCUCCACUCUGCUGCAGCCACUCCUCCUUCCCUCUCCCGUGGGCUCUUUCUUGCUAACAGAGGCCAUACCGUGUCCAUACCAGUGAAGAGUUUUGUAUUCCAGUCCAGUUCCAUUUUCUGUUUCUGGAGAACACAACUUACUGUACAGGUCGCAAGGGUCAGUGAAAAAUGCCAAAAAGCACAACAGGUCUUUCUUUUUUGUGAUGCUUCAUUUCUACAUUAAAUAAGAGUACAACCAGAAACCGAUUCCUUACGUUAAUUUACGAAGCAGAGCUCAGCUGGACAGACCCUCUGAGAAUGCCUCUCUCACUUGUCUUAAUUCUUCUGUUGGGGCCGUGUGCUUCUGUGGGUUCGGGUGUUGCUUUGGGCUUUGUUUUAUUUCCUGCUGUUGGGUAAGAUUUGCAAGUCUGUGUGACACAAACCAGAACUGACUCGCUGCUGUUACCUCAGCUGUGCCCUGGAUCUGGGGUUCUGUGGGUUCUGUCACUUUGGGGGUUUCUCUCCUCCUCUUUUCAGGGUUUGUACCUUGGCCAGGGCUCGGCCGGCUAUUCCCAAGGGCCUGGGGCUGGAUGUUCUUGAGGUCUGGUUUUCUCUUGGUUUAUGGGCUUUGUGGCAGGGAAAGCUGCUGGAUGAUCUUCAGGGAAGAAAGAAAUAGAGGUUUUGGACAUGACUUGGAGCUUAAUGGCUCUUCUAAGAAGUGAAAUUUUACAGACCAAUAGUUCAUAUUCUGGUGCCUUCAAGUGUUUUAUUUUUGGGGGGAAAGGCUGGGUAAUAUCAACUUUAAAAUGCAAUGACAUAAUUAGUGAAUGCAGAUUAAUGAUUGCAUACUUAGAAUAUCUUCACUGAGGUGAAAAGAAGUAUUUGCAUAAAACCCCCUGUGGUAUUAGGACUUAACUGCAGUGUGUCUGCAACAGCUGCUCAGUGAAAAUCCAACUUCGUUAUGUGUGGAUUUAAAAUGUGAUUUAUUUAUAGCAGUUUUUGUUUAUGACUGUGUAGGAGCUACAGACAAAUUCAGCUAUACAAGGCAAAACCUUCACCCUGAAUGCCCACGGCACUGACAAGUUAUAAAGUUCUUAUGAGUUCUUAAAUCCUUUUAAAAGGUAUUUAAAGUUAAACAAAGUGUGUAACACUGUCAGGAUGUGGGCAGGAAUGUGGCUUAAAGCUGUCCUAAAGAACCUGAGUGAUUCUGUACUGCAGAAGUGCUGGGGCUCCCAGCUGGGUCCAGGGGUUUACACUGACCUGGGCUGGAGCUCCUUUACCCACUCUGUGUUCCCAGUCCUGGGGUCUCCAGCUUUUGGCUGAGGAGCCCCAAGGUGUGUUUGGGGUGGGGAGCAUUGUUAGACUGACACCUGGCACUGGCCUGCCUGAGGCACUGCUCCUCUUCCAGCCCUUGUGUCCCUGGUUGUGCUUUGCCUUCAGGGCAGGGCAGCUCCUGGUGUGGGCAGCCUGCGCAGGAGCUGUGCCUGCCCUUGGUUUGUUGGUGGCCCCGGUCCCAGCUCUGGUGGCUGUUUUGUGUCCUUCCCCAGUGCUGGCAGGAAGGGAAGGAAGCUCCUAAAGCUCCCUGGGAGCCCCUUUGGCAGAGCACUUGCCCAGGGGCUGUUGUGGUGAUGCCUGAGGGCUCCAGGGGCUCCUCCUGUGCCUGCAGGGAGUCCUGCCUGGGGCUGAGCUGCCCUGCAGCUCCAGGGCAGGUCCCUUCUGCAGCAGCGUGGCUGUGGCUGAUUGCUGACACUGCUGGGGCACAGGGGUUGGCAGGAUGAUGCUGCAGCUGCCUGGUGGGGACAGCUCUGUUCCCCUGCUCAGGACCUGCAUUUGUGGCUGGGACAGCACAGGAGUGACCCCGUGGGGGUUUGGUUCUGUGUUGGCACCUGGAGCCUGUCUGGGAUGCUGUGCUGCUGCUGGUUCUGCUGCUCUCUCUGCUCUGUUUGUUUGGUGCUGGUGAGGAGUGGGAAGCUGCUGGGAUGGCGCCAGAGGCAGGUAAAGGAUUCCUUGGGGUGGAUCUUGCAGCGUGAGCCCCACUGUGCCCUGGCAGAGCUGCAGGCAGGGCCUGCAGUGCCCUCUGUUCCCUGGGGGUUUUCCUGCACCCCGUGGCUCCUCUCUCCCCUCCUGCCAUAGCCCAGGGCAGGUUUUCCAUCCCAGCUGGGUCAGUACCAGGGUGGGGGCCUGGCAGGUGGAAGAUCCAUCCAGGAAGGAAUGGUUGGCAUUUCCAGACACAAAGGUGCCCACGCAGGGGCUGUGUGCUGCUGGCAGUGAAAGGGCAGAGCUGGGAGUGGGAAUCCUGUGAAAUGCAUCCUUUCCUUGAAGGUGAGUAAAGGAAUCACCCCAGAGUCCCUGGGGAGCGGUGAGCACGGGUGUUACCUUAAGUAAAUUAUUUUCACUGUUGAUGAAGUUAAACCCUCAAUGUUUGACUUUGUGUGAGGUUGUUCGGGUCAGUGAGGGGGGAGUUUGCUCGAGGUGCCAUUGCUGCUUCUCGUGGUACAAAAUGCACAUUGAAGUUGGUUCCCUUUUCAGUCCUGGGUGAGGGAGAGCACAGGAGGGAAAACUGACCGUGCCUCAAAGGGGGGGAGCUGUUGGCCAGGCCUCCCUCGGGUGAUGUGGAUGGGCUGGACUCGGGCAGGGCAGGGCUGCUGGUACCAACCUUUCAGCAGAUCCUUCCUUCUGCUGCCUGUGCAGAACCUGAUUUUAUCUGCAAGUCCUUGUUCCCUUAUCAGAUAAUUCCUGGCCAGUGUCAGUUCAAAGCUGCCUCUGCGUUGUGGGGGGUGUUUGACACUCCUGGCCUGGGGCCCUUGAGCCACUGGGCCCUGGGAGGGCUUUGGGGAGAAGUGGGGAAAAUUUCCUUUAGAAAUAAACUCCAAUAGCUACAGAGAAUUGGCAGCACUGGGAAUGCUGUUGUCCCUAAAUCUCAGGAACGUUUUGGGCAGUGACACAGGUGUCCCUGGGUGUGUGAAGUGUGUGCUCUAGGGUCUCGUAUUCCACUACUCCUUGCAAUCCUCGGUAUCUAUAGCAUGAGUGGCCUUAGUGAGUUUGUUGAAGUGCACAUUUUUUUUUUUUCUUUUCAAAAGUAAAUUUUAAGAUGAAAAAGAUAUAUACUAUAUAAAUAUAUAGAGCUAUUUAGAAACUUGGUUUGUGGUGCACAAGUUCAGUGUUGGAUCGCUAAAUACUCGUCGCAGGUACCAUAUGUGUAACUUUUCUUUUCUGUAUAUUCCUUUCUGGGAAGCAAUGUUGCCAUGGUAACUACAACUUUACAAUUUCUUUACUACUUAAUGAUGUGAAUGAAUUCUACAUUUUAUUGAAUAUUACCAGGUUCAGUACUAUUUUUAUACUUUAUUGAACUACAGGGGAUUUUAAUUUAAUAGCAUUAAAAAAAAAAGAAAAGAGAAAAAGAUGUUGCUUGAACUGUAUAACUGUAUAAAUUGAACUAAUUACACAAACCCACCUCUAAACCAGAAUCUCCACCUGUAGUGCCACGUUCAUUUAUAUAAAAGUAUCUUGCUCAUUACCAGACCCUGCAGCCCCUCCCUGUGUGUCAGGAUGAAGGUCCCCCCCCACCUCUCCUGCCAUCCUCUGUGCCCACAGAGCCAUCCUAUGUUUGUAACCAGCAUUGUGAUAUUCUGUAACUUCUGUAUUGCUCAGAUGAAAUAUUGACCUAAUAAAUGGAGUGUUCCCGCA